CACCGCAUCUCAAGACACGUGUCCACACAUUAUCACCCCAUGUCAGUCAUCCCGGAUUUAGUGGCGCGCAGUCAUGCCAUACACACCUAUAGGACAACACCGCCCGCACCGCCGCCAUCGCCGGUGGCCGACGACAACACCGCCGGACAGACAAUGAUAUUAGCGGUCGGGAGUGAAUCGCCAGCGAUGGCCACCGAAAUGAUAAUAAGGAGCGACUCGUCGACUGCGGCGGCGAUGAAGAGGAAGAGUUGCGAAGAAACGGAAGAGGAUGUGAGGCGAGAGGAGCGGAAGCGUCGGAACCGCGAGUCUGCGGCCAAAUGUCGCAAGAAGUUGAAGGAACGGAUGGACUCGUAUGUCGGCGAACACCAGAUUUCGGUCAAAUAUGACGGCGAAGAGGUCUGUCCACCGAUCGUAGUGCAGGCCGAGCCCACCGGAGAUGUGAACAAAAUUCAAAUUAAAGGCAAAUUUAAGGACAAACUGGCGGCCAAUGAGGAGACAACUAUUACAGUGGCGACCGAUAAGGCGGGCGGCAAUGGAGACGUGACCUGUCGGGUGACCCGAACCCAGUCGUCAUCGGAGACGUCAGAGUCGAGUACCGAAAGGUAUGAGACUUUGCCAGACGGCGGCACUCGUAUCAUAAAGACCACCAAACGUGAGACAAAGACAGCCACAUCUCGCGAAGUGCAGGACAACAUCGACUGCAAAGUGGUGGCCAACGGCGACGGCACCUAUAGUGUCAAGUAUAAGGUUCAGGAGCCGGGAGACUAUACCAUCGAAGUGAAAUACGGCGGACAAGUCGUGCCCAACGGGGUCUUCAAUUUCACGGUCAGUUAAAGUGAUAAUUACGGAGAGUUUGAAUUUGGCGGCCAAUCAAUUGUUAUUUGUUGGCCGACAAUUAUCUCACCUAGUUUAUCGGCACAUUUAUUAUAAAUUAUAAUUACUUUUAUUAUUAUUAUAUAAAUAUUUAUAAUACAUAAAUUAUAAACAAAAUAUUUAUAAAUCAAUAGCCGACACAUAAUUAGUUAUGAUAUACAGACAAAACACAUUGCAUUGCAAAUGCUAUUUAAACCAUUUUUGCUUUAACGUCCGGAAUAUUCUGUAAGAAUAUUUACGCUUUGUAUGUGUUGUUUGGCUUUGAUUUUAAUAUCAAUUUAUAUUUAUAAUUUUAAUUUCAAACGUUGCUGCGAUUUCGCUAUUUAUUUGCUAU